CACUGUCUCUUUGGUGUUAUUAGUGAUAGAGUUAUUUACACCAGCACUUUUCAUGGCGUCGUAUACAGUCAUGAUUGUUCCUCUGCGGAGCAACAUCAACAGUCUGGACGCCCUGAGAUUCUUCCUCUGGGUGAAGAAACUGCAGGAACUGGAGAGGGAGAAGGACAUCUUGUGGAUGAGUCUGCAGACGCUGGAGCAGGCACGGCACUGGAUUCGCUCCAGACUGGAGGGAAACGCCAAGUCUGGAAAGAUGGAGGAGGUGAUAGGAGUCAGUAUGAAUACCGUUAUGCGCCUUUGUUGCCAUACUGAGCAUUAGACAUGUACCAGUUUAAUAAUUGCCUAUUCUUUUAUUAUAGUUUGCAGUACUAAAGUGUUGUAUUUUUAAACAUUUAUUAUUGGUUAAUGCUUACAUUCAGUAAUUCACAUACAUAUGGGUGACAAAUUAAAGGAAAACCCAACAUUUAUGUGGGUUAGUAAGGCAUUUGGCCUCCUCAGGCUUCAGUGCACCAUGAUAUAGAAGCUACAGUCUCAGUCAGGAGCUGCGCUGGAGAGAUGAACACCGUUCUUCCGAAAGAUUUUCCCUCAGUUAGUGUUUUGAUGAUGGUGAUAGAGAGAGCUGUCUAACACGUCGUGCUAAAAUCUCCCACAGGUGUUCAUUUGGAUUGAGAUCUGGUGAAUGUGAAGGCCAUAGCAUACGAUUUACAUAAUUUUCGUCGUCAUCAAACAAUUUAGUUAGCCCUCGUGCCCUGGGGAUGGGGGUGGAGUCAUCCUGGAUGAGACCACGCCCACCAGGAUAGAAAUGUUUUAUCAUAGGAUAAAGGUGAUCAGUCUGAAGAACAUAGCAUUGAUUUACAGUGACACCUCACUGUAAGGGGAUAAAUGGACCCAAACCAUGGCAGUAAAAUAAGUAAAUGCCCCCCACAGCAUAACAGAGACACAAGUUUUUCCUUUAAUAUGUCACACGCAUGUAUUACGGCUCUCUGUAUUGAUUGCUCUGUUUAGCUGAAUAAGUCAAAUGAAAAUCAUGUCUUUAUUCUCUUACAUGCUUCUUCACUGGUUUCAGGACAUUAGGACACUGAAAAGGACACAUUUAACAGGUCGCUGACUUCAUGCCACAAUAACAAACCCUUUUUUUAAAAAAUUUGAGCAACUAUCUGACCAAUCUAAUGCUUUCUGGUCCAUUUAGCUUUUGUAGUUCUGCUCAUUUUCACUGCAAAAGAAUUACAAAUCAUUUACUAACUGGAUUAAUAGCUGGGCAGAAUGGGUUUAAUCUAUUUUACACAUGAAAUAACUGAAAAAAAAAGAAUUUAAUGAAAAAAAUCUCAUUUAUAAUAGUUUUAUAAUAUAUUGUUGUGAAGUUUACCAGAUGGAUUAUUUAUGUUAUUUUGUUUUACAUAUUUUGUAAAGUGAAGUGUUAGAAAAGUGCUGUAUAUAUAAAUAAAUGGAUGGAUGGAAAUACUGUGCAUGGAUGGAACACAGAGAAACCCACACAGACACAAACUCCACACAGGAAGUAACCCGAGCUCAGGAUCUCCCCGGAACCCUGGACCUGUGAGGCGGCCACGCUUCCCCUAAAAUAAAAGUUGACAAAUGUUAAGAACAUUUCAGCAUUUUGGAGAUUUCUCUUUCUUACUACUGGGAUGUAUAAACCUUUGAGUUUUGUUUCAGGAUUAGCCAGGACUGAGUUGUAUUUGAGCUGUUAGUGAUACCAGGAUCUCAUUGUUUCACAGACAUUACAUUAAAUGUAACUAUAAACAGAUAAAAAAUAUGAUGCCAUUCCUUAAUGAAUAGAAACUAGUAAAAGUUGGAAAAUUGCUGUGGUAAUAGAGGAAUAAAAUACUUCCUGGAUUGUGUUGUAUUUGAGUUGUAAGUUAUUGCAGGAUCUAACUUGUUCUGAAGAUGUUACAAUAAAUGUAGUUGUAAAUGGAUAAAAAAAAAAUGCAGUUCUUUAAUAAAUAGAAAAUUGUAGUAGUUGGAAAAUUGCUGUGGUAUAAGAGGAAUAAUUCACUGCAGGACAUGCUGUUAUUGGGAAUUAAUCAGCUUUGGGGUGAUAAUAGUAACUCUGCUUCAUCAUACCUUUCCAUCAUUGAUUAUUUUCCUUUAACAGCACAACACCGAGUGAUUUAUUCCUUACACAUAUUUGAUUUUUAUACUAUAAAAAUGUUACAUGUUAGAGUGAGUUGAAUAAUUAACAAUGACACAAUUUGUU